AUGCCUUCAAUCGCAAACAUCCAUAAGCGCCCUACCUACGGCAAAGAUGCCCACACCUACUACCCCGUGCUCAUCGUAGGUGCCGGGGAGUCCGGUGUGGCCAUGGGGUGUCGUUUAAAGGAGGUUCUGGGGAUAGACCAGUUUCGAAUCUUUGAGCGUCAGUCGGGCAUUGGUGGCACUUGGUGGAUUAAUCGGUAUCCCGGCGCCGCCUGUGACAUCCCGGCUCUGUUUUACUCCUUUUCCUUCGCGCCUAAACGGGAUUGGUCAACGCUGCACCCAUCUAGUCCCGAAAUAGUGCAGUAUCUCGCAGAUGUUUGCGAGAAGUAUCAGAUCGUCGACAAGAUCCAAUUCAACACCGACGUUAACCAUCUUCAGUGGAUCGAGGAAGAUGAAGAGUGGGAAGCCACGCUCUCCCAUCUCGUUCCUGGAACUGGUGAUUUCUCCAGUCACGAUCGAGCGCAGCUUGUUAUCCAAGAAGGCCCGCACAGGGUAUUUACCCAAAUCGAGGUUGUGCGGGCCAAGAUUGUCGUCAGCGGCGUGGGAGGCCUGGUCGAGCCAAAUACUUGGGCCAAGGAUAUCCCCGGUAUUGACGACUUCCAGGGAGAAAUCAUGCACACGGCCCGGUGGAACAGUGACUUCGAUAUGCAGGACAAGGAUGUCGUCGUGGUGGGCUCGGGCUGCAGCGCCGCGCAGGUUGUCCCUGAGCUGGCCAAGCCUGAGGCCAACAUUCGCUCUAUCACGCAGCUAAUGCGCACUCCUCCCUGGUGGGAGAAGUGGAUGCCCGUUCUGAUGACUCACAUCCCUGGGCUGGCGCGCUUCCUGCGCAACAUUGUGUUUUUCAUGUGCGAACACAACUUCCUUGCCAUGUUCACGGACACUGCGUAUAGUCGUUGGCGUCGGCCCCGGAUGGAAGAGGCUUUCUUGAAGAAUAUGCGCGCAAUGGCGCCCAAGGAAUACCACGAGGUCCUUACCCCUAACUACAGCCUCGGAUGUAAGCGGCGUAUCAUCGACGGCACUUGGUAUCGAAGCUUGAAUGCACCAAACGUCGAGCUGACGACCCAGUCGCUGACUCAAGUCCACGCCAAAAGCGUGACACUGGGCCCAGGCUCGCAUUACCCGCGCAACCGGAAAGGGUCCACUGACGAAGUCAGAGAGAUUCCAGUGGAUGUGAUCAUCUUGGCAAAUGGCUUUGUGACCAACCAAUGGCUUCAUUCACUGAAAGUGAUCGGAAAGGGCAACAAGAAUAUCGAAGAUGUCUGGGCGGAGCGCGGAGGCGCUCAGGCCUACCUGGGCAUCGCGGUGGAUCAGUUCCCGAAUUUCUUCAUGCUCUUCGGGCCGAACACCGCCACUGGCCAUACCAGUGUCAUUUUCGCGACCGAGAAUGCAGUCAACUACUCGUUGAACUUUAUCAAGCCUAUCUUGGAGGGCAAGGUUAGCUCGUAUGAGAUUAAAGAAGAAGCCGAACGAGCUUGGACCAAGCAAGUGCAAGAUCAGCUGCAGAAAACAGUCUUCCGCCAUGGCGCCUGCUCUAGUUGGUACAUCACGGCAGAUGGCUGGAACUCGUCGACUUACCCAUACUCUCAAAUCCAUUACUGGCUGCGGUGUACGUUCCCUGUUUGGCGGCAUUGGACUGAGAAGAGGACUCGCAAGGGUGUGAUCCUACGGCGAAUCUAUAAAACCAUUCAGUUGUCUUUGCUUAUCAGUGUCAUAACCGGACUUGCGUUGCUGCGGGGGAGCCCUCAGUAUCGAAGCAAGGCUGUACAGACUCUGUUGGCUGGCAGGGACUGGAUCUUGUCGAAAGCAUGA